GUUAGAGUGAUCUUUUUAUUUUAUUUUCCAACUUAAUCUAGUUGUUGACAAAGAGCAGAUGGAAUCUCUGUGAGAUUUUUCCCAGGAGAGUAAUUCUGAGCAACAAAAACACUAAAAGCAACAAAAAGCUGACGGUUUGUCUGCGAGCAACAAAUGCUACCUUCAAAUGCUGUCGGACAUAUCAGGACUUUUGACCUGAUCACUUACAGUAUGUGUGGAAACUUUGCCAGCGCUGGGAGGAUUUACACAACUGUCUGAAUAUUGCAAAACUUUGGCCUGACCAAGAGUUAUGUAACGACUUAGACUUCACUAGUCAUGUUUAAGGACACCGAAAAUACUCUUUUGAGUAAUAAUGUCUGAAAGAUGUACUCCUAAAUUACUAAAUUACAUCUCUUUCGUUGGAAACAUCCGUAGUCUAUUAAGAAGUGACUACUGAUGGCAGCCUGUUCUUCUCUAUUUGUUAUUCAGCACAGUGAAGGUCAAACAUCUAAGGGAAAUAACGCAGAGCAAAAGCAUUUUAAACUUUAAAUCCACAAUGUAAUUAGCAUGUAAAAUCAUCAGCUAAAUAUAUGAUUACCUGUAGCCCUCAAGUUUAUUUUAUAUUUUCGAUUAUCAAAAUAAAUCUAACUUAAUUUCCUUUUGAUGUACAAACAUCACUAUAUGAAUUUAUUAUAGUCAUUAAUUUAGAACAGCAACUAAUCUGUUGAUUGUUUUAUAUGUUAAUGUCUGUGAUUUGGUCCUUAAAACAUCAGAGUGAAAAUGUCCCUAAAUUGACAAAAUAUUCAAUUUGCACUGGUAUGAAAUAGUGAUAUUUCUCACAUUUGAGACAUUUUCGCUUGAAAAAAAUGUCACAAACCACUAAUUAUUUAUCUAAAUAGAAGUCUACUGAGUAGCCUAUUAAUUUCUGUCACUCAGCUAAUAAAAUAAUCAACUAAUCGUUUCAACUUUGCACUGAUCUCAUGUGGGGUAGCGUUUUUCUUUUUGUUGAUAUUUUAUUUUAUGUGACUGUUGCAACACAAGCUACGUUUAAAUCGUCACUUGUUGCUUUUUGCAGAUUUCUGUCUCUGCAAAACACUUGUAGCCUCUCGUUUUCUGCGGUCUAAACGUGAAAGAGAAAGUUCCGGGGUGCACUUGAAGGCACCGCAGAGGAUGCACGUCAACGCGACUAUUGGCUCAUUUGUGUCCUUCACAACAAAGUCUCCGCCUCCAGCAUAUUGAGAGGAAACUCUCGCAGGAGAGGCUGUAUUUGGCUCCACGUUGAAGCCCUGAACUCGGUCAGCAUCUCGCUGUGCUGGAGGACAACAAGGCUCUUUGUGUUUUUAUUCAACUCUGAGCAACAAUGACGUUCAGGAGGCUGAAGAAGGUGAACUCCAGCGGGCCGGACAGUGGACCCGCGUCCCAGGACAACGAUAUUUAUUUCCCUUCGUCUAAGUCGGACAGCUGCAGGACUGUGGACUUACCGACCAACUCCUCGGAGGUUUACAACUACAAGACUCUGGCUUACUCUGGAGGGACGCUGCCCAGAAACUUUAAAAAGGGCGCCGGGCUGCAGAAGUGGAAACCCUUAACGCAGACACCAGAACCACAAAGGAAGGUGGUGGUCCUGGAGAAAAAAGAGGAGGAGACCUUCGGUUUUGAGAUUCAGACUUACGGCCUCCAUCAUCAGGACCAGAACUCAGUGGAGAUGUGUACAUUUGUGUGUAAGGUGCACGACGACAGCCCGGCCCAGCAGGCAGGACUUAAAGUUGGGGACACCAUUGCAAGUGUGAACGAGGCCACCGUGGAGGGAUUUCGACACAAAGAGAUUGUUCAGCUCAUCAGGGCCUGUGGAAACACAAUCAGGCUGGAGACGGUUUACAGCGACUCAAUCCGAAAAGCCGAGCUGGAAGCCCGACUGCAGUAUCUGAAGCAAACUCUUCAUGAGAAGUGGGAUGAAUAUCGUUCGCUGAUGGUGCAGGAGCAGAGGCUCGUUCAUGGUAUAGUAAUGAGUGAUGCUGCCGUGUACGAGUCCCUGGAGUCAGCAGGUGUAUACGGCAGCCUCGGUGCUCCCAGUCCUGCUGCUCAGAGAGCUCUCCGAUGCACCGGCAGCACCAGCAGCAGCGCCAGCUUCCUCAGCACGGCCACCGAGGACGACCCUCUCUACCAGACCUGCAUUUACCAGACGGACGGCAACGUGGACUCAGAAAGCGCAGACAAAAACAAAGAACAGCAGCCGCCACAGAGGCUGCAGCGCCUUCGACCGGCCAGCGAGCUCUUCAUGACGGCCAAGACGCAGCUGACGCGCAGCGCCAGCACCCGCAGCUACAUGAGGGGAUCUUCGUCGUCAUCAAAUUCAGGGGAGAAGCAGGGAGGAUUCAACUCGCUGCAGAGGAAACCCAAACAGAAGAGCUUCCGCAGGCGCCUCCUCAAAUUCAUCCCAGGCUUGAAUCGACCGCUGGAGGAGGAGGAGAGCAAACUGUAAGCAGCAAACACAUCUGUUCACCUAAAAGACUUAAAGCAGCAGUGACUGUCAAACUAAACUCCCAAAGAAAACAGCAAACAGACCCAAAGAAUGGCGAGUUUGAGACCAAAGUGUACUGGCUCUGUAGCUGCACCUCUCCCAGACCAAUGAACAUUUAGCUACAUUCAGUAGCUUUCAGUGUUUCUCAGCUGUACGUAACUUUUGUUUUUGUUCUGAUCUUUAAGUUAUUUAUUUAUUUUAACAUGUUCACAUUAUGUACAGAAUGAAGGAUUUUUUUUGUUUGUUUUUACUGCAUGCUUGACCUUUAUUUCAACAGCUGAAUAAAUCGCCCACAGUAACUGUAAUUGUGCAACACAACGUUUUGUAAGAAUUUGAUAUCGACCUUAGUUGAUUUAUUGAUCCUGUUUUAUUUUUCUGCCCAAAUUCAUGACUCCUAAAAAUAAAAUAUGUGGCAUUUACUGGUUACAUGCUCAUUAUCUGGCACAGAACCUGCAAGAAAAGCUAUUUUGUUCCACAAGCCACAACUGAUUGUGGGAAUUGUAGCUUCCAAACCCUGAAUUAGUGCUCAGACCUCGAGUGUGCGCACAGUCUGUUUGUAAUUUCCCCGCUGGAGAUGCGUCCUGUAACAUGUGAUAUUUUUAUAUAUAGUAAGCCUUUAUAGUUGCACAGCUCUUCCUCAGUUUAAGAAUGUUAUCUUCCGAGUUUUGGAGGUUAGUGUGUGGCUUUGGAUGCUUUGAGGCUUUUCAUGCUGCUACGUAUCCAGAAUGGAGGCUGUUGUAUCGACUCUGACACAGUUUAUUGUUGGGAGAAUAGCGAGGAAUGUGCAGAGAAAGGCAUGACCCAAAAUUCCAAACACAACCGCUUUCUUUCAGCUCCUGAGUGCCGAUUCCUCCUCUUCCACGCUCCCAUAUUCCCAUGGCGGCUUCAGUUGUCCGAGGGCUUUGCUUGGGUGUGUGUGUGUUUGUUGGGCGGGGGCUGCUUGGAGUCUUUUCAUUCCUGGCUCCCAGCUGACCCAUGAGGUCAUGGUGGUCACUCUCUCCGUUGGCUGUGCGGCGUUGAUCCCUUUUGUCCUCCGCUGCUCAUUCACAGAUGCAUCAGGAGUGUGGACGAUGGUGAGCGAUGGUAUGCGGCCAUGUGUUGGAGCCGGGCCCUCUUCAGACAGUGGAGUGAGGGCUGGGGAGGGGGGUGGUUGUUAUGCAUGCUCAGUGGUGCUUAAAACAGCAGUUUAGAGUGAAUGGGCUGAAAGUGUAACGAGGGGAUAAUUAGUCGAGAUGAUGGUUCACUAAAAACAAUGUGUGAAGGGGCCAUUUAGCAGAGACAGAGGAUGCAAACGAGGAGAUGCUCAGUAAUUAACCCAGUAGGAGAUUAGUCCAGGCGUGUGGCUGCUGUUGCAAAUAUUUGGACGCCGCCCGCCUGCUAAAACACUGCUGUUGAUUCAAGGACUAAAUGGUGGAUUAGUUUUAGUCUGUAGGUUGCAGCUUCUUGCACUGUUCCUCCGUCAUUUAAAGUGGAAUUACUCAUCACUUCUUAAAUUUAUACCUCACUGCUCUGUCACAACAAUAUAUGUUGUAAUAUACUUGCGUGUGUCUGUGUAAUAAUACUUGAUACACCGAAAAAGGCUGGAUUAUUGUUUUUGCUCAGUUGCUUUGACAAGAAAAGGCUCAAGAUAAAACACUUUUGGAGAUUGGUGACUAUUUUUGCCAAUUAAUUACUCAAUCAUAUGGUCUAUAAAACAUUAGAAAACCUUUUUUGAAAAGCAUAUCCCUGAGCUCAAAGAGAUGCCAUCACAUGUCUGGUCUCAAAACUCCCAAAUAUUUAGUUUACUUUCUCAAAUCUAAGUACUUGUAACCAUCACAUUGGACCAUUUUGCUAUGAACCAAGCCGUAAAGUGGCUGCUGAUUAAGUGCCUGUCUGUGUACUGACUGAAAAAAACUUAAAACCAACAUUUAUUCAUACAUAUGUUUUUCCUGAUGGCAGACACUCAUAUUCAGAGAAAAGCCCAAUGUUCCAUCAGUGGACUAAUAUUUUAACAUUAAAGACCCAAGAUGAGAGAAAAAGGUCCCAGUGACGCCUCAGGCCCCUCACAUGCACACAUGACUUCCUGGUGUCCCUUCGCAUGCAACCUCAAAGUAAUUACAGAGGCAGAUAUUUUGUGCUUCAGUGAAUAAACUGACACUACAGAAAUAGAUUUCUCUUCCUCAGGAACAAGAUUUAGAAUAUUGUGACCUUUUAAAAAAAAAAAAAAAAUCUGCUCUCAGUGUGUGUUUAAUGUUCUGCAAACAUCUUUUCACCGUAGUGUAACAAGGAAGUGCUCUCUGAAAAUUGAAUGAAUAUAUUUGAAAUUGUGAUCACUUAAUUUGGUAAACAAAAUGUACAUUUUGGACCAUAUCUGUCAGUGAUGUCAAAGGACCUUUGAGAAGAGGAAGCAGGAGAGCCGGUGGGACAGAGUUGAGCCUCUGUGGGGAAACAGCUCAGACCAAAGUGCUAUUUGUCAAGCGUGACAUGCGUCACAGUUUCUUGUUGGCCGUUAGUGCCUCCAGUUAAAUUAAUGGAUCAGUUCUUGUUGGUUAAAAAUAAGGAAGCAGCGGGUUGAUUGGCUCAACACUCACACAGCUCCCUGUGUGCAUGAAAGAGACACCAGACAAAACCAGAAAUGUUAUUCUCACGCAAGAGAUUAACCAGUCUGGAGCAGAAAUAUCUCUAAAAAGGGAAGUUUUGGGGCGUCAUAAAGCGUGGGUGGCCGGUGUAGCAGGCUGUAUGCGAUGUCUGACACAGGAGUAGGAGCUUGUGUGGGUUGUCAAGGCGCAGGAUGUGGGCGACAAAUGUGGCGGAAAUCCACCAUAAAGAUAAGAUAAUACAACUGACUGUAAGGUUUAAAAAAAAUGGCAGCAUCAUAACUGUGCAGUUUCCAGUCAGUCAGAGUGUUUAACAAAGAGAGAACAAAUAAUCUGCGAUUACAUAAGGAAGCACCAGAGCAGGCCGGACACCUGCCUGAGGAGACGACAGGUGUGGAGUAAAGAAGACCUCAAGCAUUUACACAUUGAAUCUGUCUUUUACUUCUAAAAUGUCUACAAAACACUGCAGGCCAAAAAAGAGGAAUCUGCCUGGCGUGACUUGGAUGAAUCAGCUUUACCUUCAAUAACUGCAUAAAAAGUGCAGCAACAUCUCUUUUGAUCUGUAUUUAAAUAAAACUUCUGCAUUUGGUUUCCCAGUAACAGCAGCAGUGAGGUGAUAUCUCAAAGGUUAUAUUGUCUCUGUGUGGCUUUAACUGCCUCUUUCCUGGAGCUGCUGCUGCUCAUAAUUUCCACCAACAGCUUCUAUUGAAUCACAACCACAAUGUAGGAUAGAUGUGUAAUUUAUCAGAGCCAUUAUACGGUCUGUAAAAAGUUGCAGUAGCUGCGCUGUGAAGAAACAAAAACAGGAUAAUCUCUAAAAACAUGGCAGCAAUGGUGCCAGAAAAAUGGUGGAAUAUUGUAAAAGAAAUAAGUGAAUAUUUGUAUAAUAAUAAUAACAUUUUAGCAGAUGUAACUGUAAUUUUAUGGUCACACAUUGUAAAAGAAAUGUUUGUAAAAAUACAGAUGACAUUUUUAAAACAUUUUUUUAGUACUUAAUAUACAUAAUUUUUCUUUAAGCAACGUAAGAUAUCUGUAAAUUUUUUGUUUCAGAUUUAAAUACAGUAAAAUCUUUAUAAUUUUAUUUGUCUUACUCUUAAACAUAGUAAAAGGAACAAAUUAUAAUUCAUAAAAAUAUAGAUAUUUGAUGUGGACAUUAUUUACAGUUUUGAUCAGUUUUAUUACACUGAAAAAUGGUUGCAUUUUUCCUGUGAUGUUACUAGUUAUUAUCUGUAAUUUAACAAAACAGGGGAAAUCAGAAAAUAAAAAAAAAAAUAAUGGCAAAUUGUUACAGAUUGGAAAAAAUAUACAUUUUAGGUCCGUGUACGGAUCUGAAUCCGAUAAUUGGAUUUUCCGUUCUGAAACGGGUACUGAAAAAGAAAAAAUGAGUGGUUAUUUGAUUUUCAUUUUAAGAUACAAAAAUUAAAAUUGAAAUACGAGGCGUUUUUCCUUUUCAUGAUCAAAAGGGAUAUACGAUUUUUUAAAAAAAUGCUUUGAUUUUCGUUUUAUAUUUAGAAUAACAAGAAAGUAAAAUCAGUAAGAGACAGAAACGAAGAAAGGUCCAUUUUUUCCAUUUUCUGAGACCGGAAGCGGUCAUCAGCAAGUGUGGAGCCAAACUGAGUAUGGUGCAUAGACUGUAUAUACAUAUUUUUUCGUUAGUUUUCAUGGUCAAAAUGAGAGAUCAGGUGGCCGAUCUUAAAAUAAAUCAAUACAGAUUUUUUUAUAGAGCGUUAAAGUUUUAAAGUUUUAAGCCAGGGGGCGGGACUACUUGAUUGACAGUCCGGUCUGGAAUGAUUGACAGGUCCUAUGGAGGAGGCAGCAGAGACUCUGCUCUCCUCGUUUGGAUUAAUUCUGAUAUAAUAACUGUUGGUUUAUUUAUCGGUGCAGCAGCAGAACAUUUUCCACAGACAGUUUUCCUGCCCGUUGGCUUGUUUUAACCAGUUUUCUACCUUCGGCUGAUUCUACCAGCAGACACUGAAAGGACUCUGAUAGUUCGGUAAGUAAAUGUUUAUUUUCGUAUCGGUGCCGCUUUUAAUGCACUUUAUAUGCAGCUUUAGUGUCAGAUAUAAUGUGUGCCAUGCACUCCAGAUGUUGGUGGAGUUUGUUUCAGUGUGUGUUGACCAGAGAAGAAAGUUAGCAUAGUAAAUAUUAGCUUUAAUGUUAGCGAUGCUAACCGAGCUAGCUGCUAGUCGUAGCCUGAUUAAAGCUAACGUAGCAUCAAGCUAAUGUGUUGAGUUUCACGUAAACAGCUGAAGUGUGUUGUGUUCCUGUAAUGUGGUUCAUUAAGUUCAUAAAACUGUGGCUGGUUGACAUUAAUGUAACGUUCAGGAAACUUAAAUGAAAUUAAAACAGUAACGUUAAUGUUCUAGUUGUCAGUAAUCAGCUUUAAUUUGACACUAAAACAGACUGAUAGUUUUAAAUGACAUCAGUUUCAUUAAUUUGUUGAAAAUUGUCUCAUUUGUUGUUGUGAUGUUGCUGCUGAUUCAUUAAAAGCAGAUGAUCCAUGUUGAAGAUACGUUUAGUUCUAGUAUCAGAAGUACAAGAAGGAAAAUGGAAGUUUAGUUCUGCUACGUCAAAGAUUUCAGGAUUAAAAUAACUAAAUGAGUCUUUUUGCCUCAAACUUUAUUUUUACAAUAAAGAAAUAAUGAAAUAAUCACAGAAAAUAAAAAUAUAAAUAGCAGAGAAAACCUGAGAGAAUAAUUUCCUGAAAAGUCAUUGAAGGAAAAGCAGCUUUUUAUCCUAAAAGAUCAGAAUCAGCUCCAACAUCUGCAUCUGACAGCAUCAAGUCAACCAGAAAGAAAAGAAAAAAGAAAAUGACUUCUUUCUGAUCACAUCUGUUCCGCCGCUCACAGUCUGCUGCUGCUCACAUUCUUCACAUUUAUAGUCCACUUUUAAAAGUUCAACAGACAGGUGCUUUGCUUUGGACUGUGAUGAUGUCUUCGGUGAUGUGGAGAGUGAAGUUUCCGUUUCACCCACAGCAUGCUUUAGGGCAGCCGGGUCAGACUUGAUGUUUGAAAUACUGACCCACAGCUCAGAUUUAACUGUCUGUAGUUCUGUUUUGAUGGGUGUUAAACUUUCACUCAAAGCCGCCAGGACCUGGGUCUUUAAAAUAACUGCCGUCUCAUUACAGAGUGAAAGUAGCAAUUCCUCCUUAAAGUCAGAGAUUGCAGCAUCUGAGGGCCUCUUCAAAAGAAGAUGUAGUUGAUGAAGGUGUUCUGGAGCAGGACCAGAAAGACCACGACCAAGCAGCCUUGAGAUCUUAGGCAGCGUCUCCCUCAGGUCCCUCUCUAUCUCCCCACAGAUCCACCAACCACUGGAACACAUCUCCAAAGUUCUGCCGGUCCAGCUCAGCUUCCCCUCAGAAGAAGUUCCGCCACCUGCCAGAUGAAGGAGCCUUUUGAGUGGCAGCUGGCAUCGUGAUUGGACUGUACUUUGGUCUGUUCCAAUCCAGCUUCAGCUCCAGAGACGGCAGGCGGGACGAGUCAACGGAGGCCGGGUGGACGAAGGCAUGCAGCUGAGUACAAUCCAGAAAACAACAGAGGAGGAGUGCAGGGCCAGAACAAACAGAGUAGCAUCGUAUGUCUCUUAGAAAACAUCAUAGUAUAGCCUUUGGUAUGAAAAAACGCCAUCAUAUACAUCGUAUAUUGUACAAAUAACAAGUCAAAGCAAAGAGACAUACAUUGUAGAAUUGUAGUAAUUGUGGGCUGACUGAUUUACUGAUUAUCAGUAUUUUAUUUUUUACUGAUUUACAGUAAUAAAUACAUUUAAAAAUGGUG